AUGGCAAAAAGUGACAGCAAGACGGUUGCCAAGAAGGAUGACAACAACAGCAAGGACUUCAAAGCUCGUUCUGCCAGAGAACGAAUCAGUCUUGACGACUUUGUGCAUCGAAAGGGCCAGGUUCGCGCCUUGGAAGAGUUCAAAUACCGAAAGCAGCGCAAAAAGGUGGAAACUGCCAAAGCGUUACGAUCGUACAGAAAAGUUAUGAAACAAGUGGGAUACGAAGCGGGACAAGGAGCCAGUCGAAAGCGGUUGGAAAUUUCACCUUCCAGGCAUGACGAGGAAGACUUGGACCAUAGCAAUGUCGAAGAAGUUGAAGAGAAUGCUGCUGCCAAAACUCACAAGCGUCGUCACAAAAUGAACCCCUUUCAAAAGUCCGUCGAAAAGGCGGAGCAAAAGAUGGUAAAGGCCAAGCAGCACGAACAGCAGAAGAAGCAUAAUGAACAGCAGCGAUUUCAAAAACUGAAAGAUCGCAAGCAACGAACCAAGCUACUAAACAAACGAACCAAGCGAGGCCAACCAAUCAUGAAACACAUGGUGGACAAUUUGUUGCAUAAACUCGAAAAACAGAAUGAGUCAUAG